CUAAACGAUCUGUGCGCUCUUUAGCAUUUCAAUUAAAUUUGCGUUGAACACAUCCCUUCCCACCUUUCCAAACGUCAAUUUUUUCACAUUUUUCAGGGUUCUGUAUUUUGAAGUCUUCUCUAGCAAAUUUGUGCAAAAGAAUUUUUCAACCAUCAAGGAUGUUGCGAUCAGCUGCUACCAAGUUUUCCGGAGUUCUCCGCAGCUCAAUGGGCUUCACUGCCUCCCGAAUGUCUGCCAUCGGAGCCGUUCGUAUGUCUCACGAUUCCUCUGAGACCGACGAACAAUUCGACAAACGUUACGAAGACUACUUCAACCGUCCCGAUAUCGAUGGCUGGGAAAUCCGCAAGGGAAUGAAUGAUUUGCUUGGUAUGGAUUUAGUUCCAGACCCAAAGAUCAUCAUUGCUGGAUUGAAGGCUUGCCGUCGCGUCAACGAUUACGCCUUGGCUGCUCGUUGGGUUGAAGGGUGCAAGGAAAAGUGCGGUGACAAGACUGCCGAAAUCUAUCCUUAUUUGUUGAGCGAAAUCAGGCCAACAUUGACCGAACUCGGUGUCAACACCCCCGAAGAGUUGGGAUUCGAUAAGCCUCAAUUGGCUUUGAAGUCAGUCUAUGAUAUGUAAUUUAGCUAUUAUUUUUUUUCUUCUAAAUAAACUUGUGUAUACCUAACAAUAAAUAAAUACUAUGAUGGUUUAAAUACAAAA